CGUCCACAGCCAGUCAACAACAAACAUGGCGACCAGCAGCAACUACUGGGAAGAUUUGCGUAAAGAGGCCAGACAGCUGGAGAAUGAGCUGGACCUCAAGCUGGUCUCUUUUAGUAAACUCUGCACCAGCUACAGCAGCAGCAACAGCCGGGAACAGCGAACAAGAAACAGCAGCUCAUCUCAAGAUAAUAUGCUUGUGGCAAUGACAACUGAGCUUCAGCAGCUCUUGGCUAAUCUCUCAGCUGUUAAUGACAAAAUGGCAGAAUACACCAGUACCCCUGGAGUUUCAUCACAUAAUGCAGCAUUGAUGCACACCCUACAAAGACACAGAGAUAUUUUACAGGACUACACCCAUGAAUUCCACAAAACACAAAGCAACUUCUUCAGCCUGAGAGAGCGAGAGGACCUGCUGGGCUCUGUUCACAGAGACAUCGAGUCCUACAAAAGCAGCUCGGGAGUGAACAACAGAAAGACUGAGCUCUUCCUGAAAGAACAUGAACAUCUCAGAAACUCCGAUAGUCUUAUUGACAAUGCAAUAAGUAUCGCCAUGGCUACCAAAGAGAACAUCACAUUUCAGCGUGGAAUGUUGAAGUCUAUUCAAACCAGGGUUACAACUUUGGCCAAUCGUUUCCCCACCAUCAACAGCCUCAUCCAGAAAAUCAAUUUGCGCAAGAGGCGUGACUCUCUAAUUCUGGGUGGGGUGAUCGGCGUCUGCACCAUACUCCUGUUGCUCUACACUUUCCACUGACCAUCCUUGACUUUCAUCCAGAGCACAAAGAUAUAUUUGUAGUAACUCAGUUCAACUGUUGCCAAGACCUUUUUUAUACACAUUUACACGAUUCUCCUUCUAUUGUUUGUUUUUCAAGACAUUAAAAUCAGGUCUUCAUUAAAAGGUUUCAGCUCACUUACUGGAGGGGUUAUUUAUUUUCUGAAUUAUUUCAGAUGGGAGUUUUUAUAUUGCUGCUUCAACCCUGUUGUAAUUUUAAAUCUUUAUACAUUUAUAAAGUAAAAUAAUUGUGUACUGUUCAUGUUUUUUUUGUAUAGCAUCGUGAGUGCCUACUAAAAUAAAGAUGAUGAGCUCA